GCUGCCCGCGGCGGUUGCGGGAGGUACCUCUGGGCCUGGCUGGCCCGGGCUGGCCGUGGCCAUGAACUUCUCAGAGUCAUUCAAGCUCUCGGGCCUGCUCUGUAGGUUCUCCCCGGACGGCAAGUACCUGGCUUCCUGUGUCCAGUACCGGUUAGUGGUCCGGGAUGUGACGACCCUUCAGAUCCUUCAGUUGUAUACAUGCCUGGACCAGAUCCAGCACAUAGAGUGGUCAGCAGACUCCCUCUUCAUCCUGUGUGCCAUGUACAGACGGGGGAUUGUGCAGGUCUGGUCACUGGAGCAGCCAGAAUGGCACUGCAAGAUCGACGAGGGCUCUGCAGGGCUGGUCGCUUCCUGCUGGAGUCCAGACGGCCGCCACAUUCUGAAUACAACGGAGUUCCACCUGCGAAUAACCGUCUGGUCCCUGUGCACCAAGUCUGUAUCUUACAUCAAGUACCCCAAAGCCUGCCAGCAGGGACUGACUUUCACCAGAGAUGGCCGCUACCUGGCCUUGGCGGAGAGGCGAGACUGCAGAGAUUACGUGAGCAUCUUCGUGUGUAGUGACUGGCAGCUCCUCCGGCACUUUGACACAGACACCCAGGAUCUCACAGGGAUCGAGUGGGCCCCGAAUGGCUGUGUGCUGGCAGCGUGGGACACCUGCUUGGAGUACAAGGUUCUGCUCUACUCCUUGGACGGCCGCCUGCUGUCAGCAUACUGUGCCUAUGAGUGGUCCCUGGGCAUCAAGUCUGUGGCGUGGAGUCCCAGCAGUCAGUUCCUGGCCAUUGGGAGCUACGAUGGAAAGGUGCGCCUCCUAAAUCACGUGACCUGGAAGAUGAUCACGGAGUUUGGGCAUCCUGCAGCCAUUAAUAAUCCCAAGACAGUGGUGUAUAAGGAAGCUGAGAAGAUUUCCCAGAUGGGGUUGGGCCACCUGUCCUUCCCACCACUCCGAGCAAUGGCUGGUGCCCUCUCAACCUCAGAGAGCAAAUAUGAGAUCGCCUCAGGACCAGUUUCCUUGCAGACUCUGAAGCCGGUAGCUGACAGAGCGAACCCCAGGAUGGGUGUAGGGAUGCUGGCUUUCAGCUCAGACAGCUACUUCCUGGCAUCAAGAAAUGACAAUGUCCCCAAUGCUGUCUGGAUCUGGGACAUUCAGAAGCUGAAGCUGUUUGUGGUCCUAGAGCAUAUGUCUCCAGUGCGCUCAUUUCAGUGGGACCCACGGCAACCAAGGCUGGCCAUCUGCACAGGAGGAAGCAAGGUGUACCUGUGGUCCCCAGCAGGCUGUGUGUCGGUGCAGGUACCCGGGGAAGGUGACUUUCCAGUGCUUGGACUGUGCUGGCAUUUAAGUGGGGAUUCCUUGGCCCUCCUUGGUAAGGAUCACUUCUGUCUCUGCUUCCUGGAGACCAAGGAGAGGGUUGGCACAGCCUAUGGACAACAGGAUGGCAUGCCUAGGACCUGAAGGGAAACUGAGGCAGCAGACUCUGCAGAUCCCCAUAUGAGGAACAGCUGUACAGGCUCUCCGGACAGGAUGGACUAUUCUGCCCAAUUUUCUGUAAAUAUGUAUAAAGUUAUUAUGUAAAAUAGGUUAUUUGUUAAUCCCUGGAAAAGUGGUGGUCCUUUUCUUCAAGGCCUUAGCUCAGGGGUCCAAGGUCUGUCUUGGGAGGAUGGAGUAUCCUGAAGUAAUGACAGCAACCUGCCUUAUCAUCCUUUGUUGUUCCCGAGCCGCUUCCAGUCAGUAUGCUGUGGGACAGGGGUGGACGGUCAGCCCUCCUGCAGCUGCAAGGCCCCAGCGUAUGCCCCUGUCCCCAUGUGAGCUGUGAAUCCCACAACAGUUGGACAGGUCUCUCUGGCCUUGCAUGCAAGUUCUGCAGGGAGGCCUGGGUCCCUGCCAGGAAGAGUGGAAGUGCUCAGCCUACCCAACAUGCCUCUAUCUCUAACAAGUGCCUUGAAAGCAGACAGACCAGCAUGUCCACACUGGUGGCCAUCUGAGUUUCUGUAAGGAGGACUGAGCUAGCAAGGGUCCACAGCCAGCCAGGUACAGCCUCAGGCCUCAAGACAAUCUUUGGCACACCGGUUUAUGUGACAAUACUUCAAAAAGGAGCAACUCCAUUUGGUUUUAAUUGUCUUUACUAGAACAAAAGCACAGGCUGAAGACAGGUGCAUCUGAGGUCACCUUUCCUCUUGAACAGGCCAUGACAUUCUGCUCACAUCCAUGCCGGUUAACUUAAAGCUAGAGGUAUAAAGUGACAUCUACAGUGUAUUUGCAAGGCCAUAGCUACAGUGGCAAGCUGCAUGUGGCUGCGCGCCAAAGCUCAGUGGUGCUCAGCAAGGCUCCCGGGCGCUCGCUGCUCUAAGCAUGCACUUGGAAACCCAGCUCAUCAGUCCCUUUUAAACAGAGACGGGAUGAUGUAGACCCACCACCAUGACUCUCGGAAGGGGCUACUUACCACAACCUGCAUUAAUUUAUAAAGUGAGAUCCUAAGUCAAACAUUCACAGAAAGGCAUAUUCACUAGGAGCUGGCCAGGCAGACUGUCUUUCUUAGUGACCCGUCUGCUGGCUGUUAUUGUAGUUAGCAUUUAAA